GUAGAGGGGUCCGCAGAGCGGAGGAGGGAAGUAUCAAACGAGGUGCGGCGGAAAAGAAAAGAGGGCGGAGGGCGAGAGGGAAGAAGGCGAGCGAGAAGAGGAGCGGAAGGAGCAAGAGAGCGGGAGGAAGAAGAGAAGGAGAGGAGGAAAGAGAGGAAGAAAAAAAGAGAAGAAAGAGCGAGAGAGAUGUGAGAUGUGUCGAUGAGGGAUGGAAACGGCCGAUCAAGACUAACAGCGUAGAAGACAGACCGACAGACCGACAGCGAAUCACAAGAGGCCGGUGAUGCUGGGUGAUGAUGAUAAUGAUGAUGAGGAGGAGGAGGAGGAGGAGGAGGAGGUGGUGGUCGAGAGGAGGAUGGGCCGUGGUUGGGUGUGUGUUUAGGGGAGGAGGGAUAGGAAACAGAAAGGACAGCCCGGUGGUGUUUUGGGAUGAAGAAAACGCAGUGAGGGAGUGGAGUGAAUCAAUAGGGAGAGCUGAAUUGGGUAUGGCGGCGGUAUACCUUCGUAUCGUCUCUUUUUUUUUUCUUUUUUCUUUUUUCUCUUUUUCUGACUGGAUGCUGGGAAAUGAAAAAGAUACGAUUCGCAGAGCGAGAGCGAGAGAGAGAAAGAGAGAAAGAGAGAAAGAGAAAGGGAGAGAGACGAAGAGAGUGAAUAAAAAAAAAAGAAUAAGAAAUUUGGCGGGAAAAAAGGUAGAAGGGGUUGCACAUGCAUGGGAGGUUUUUAGGGAGAGUACAGCCAGUAUAGCAAUUGAAUCAGCCUGUAAACAAUACAAAAGUACCGUGGUAAUAUUUCCUAGGCUAUAUGUGCAUAUACAAACUCUUACUCAAUACAACAACAACAAAUGCGACAAACAACAACAACAACGACAACAACAACAACAAUAAAACGGACUUCAAGCGGAAAGGAACGUGCAGGAUCAGAAUGAACAGUCGAAUGGAAUGAGUUGAAUGAAUCCCAGUUCGGAAUCAGAUUCCUUUUGGUGUGCGCGUAUAUCUGCGCGUGUGUGCGUGCGUGUGUGUGAAAGAGUAAGCGAGAGAGAGAGAAACUGUCAAUCAUGC